CACGCAAGGUGUCACGCUGCCGUAAAGCAGCACGGAACUGUCGUGCUGGAGCCUUAUCGUCACGCAUUGAUAGGCUUACGGUCUUUUCCUGUGGUUCUGACGCAUGGCUGGAAACAUGCCGGCUAAAGGUCCUUUGCAGUCUGUCCAGGUUUUCGGACGUAAAAAAACCGCCACGGCCGUCGCCCACUGCAAACGAGGGAAUGGCCUCAUAAAGGUGAACGGCAGGCCUUUGGAAAUGGUUGAACCUGCUACUCUGCAGUACAAGCUUCUGGAACCCGUCCUGCUGCUGGGUAAGGACCGCUUUGCGGGGGUAGACAUCAGGGUCCGUGUCAAGGGAGGUGGACACGUCGCACAGGUCUACGCUAUUCGUCAGGCUAUUUCCAAGUCCCUGGUUGCUUACUACCAGAAAUAUGUGGACGAGGCCUCUAAGAAGGAGAUCAAAGACAUCCUGAUCCAGUACGACAGGACCCUGCUGGUGGCAGACCCUCGUCGCUGCGAGUCCAAGAAGUUCGGUGGACCUGGUGCCCGUGCGCGCUACCAGAAGUCUUACCGCUAGUGUGUGUGUUUUCGAGCAAUAAAAGAGGGUAAAAGUG